UUUGUGUUGAAGAUUCUAUGUUGUACCAAAUACAUUAUAUCGUUUAAUGAGUGAGCGUAAAGAAAUCGAUGCGUCAAUACAACAUCGUUACAGGAAUUUUGGAUUUUAGAUAUCGUAUUAAUAACAAUACGGAUAUGAUCGGGGAGAUUAACAUAUGUGAGAAAGUUGUCUGGUAGAUAUUGGGGAUUGUAUACUAAUCGCUGUUAUUGAACGCGCUAACAAUAAAAGGUUAAUUUGUUUUCGCUCCACGUUCAUAUUUCAUGCAUCAACCUUUCUGAAUGACAUUGCUUGAAAUGAAUAAAAACCCCAAUAUCAAGUGAUUUGACGUCUGAUGAUGUAAUGACGUAUGUUUGAUGAAUGAAGUACAACACACUGUAGAUUGAUUCAUGGAUCAAUCUAUAGAAGAUGUCAAGACUCUGACUAUUAGGGUGAUCGACCAUAUGUGUAAAAUCCCCUCAGACCAAGGAUAUAGUUCAGAUGAGUUCAAAUCAAUCAUUCACCUUUUCGACAGGAGUUUUUUUGCCAUCGAGAAUCCUAGAAACCUAGUGGAAGAUUAUCGCCUUUGGAUAGCUACGAAAGUGUUAUCUAGCGGCGAAUACCCCUACCGUCUUACUCAGAUCUUUACAAACUUGGGAGAAUAUUCCUUCGGAUCUCUGAGUGUUGGGAAAGAAUCCUACAAUGAACAGUACAUUGAAUUGCUAUCAUCAUUUCAGUUGACUCUGUGCAAUUAUCUUGAACUAAGUGAAUUACUGGCAGAGAAAAUGUCAAUGCAAGAUGCUUAUUUGAAGGAAAUAUAUCGUAUUCAUCAAGCCAUAUUGUUAUACGACGGAAUUUGUGCUGAAGAAAAGAAAAUCACGUUGGUGGUAGAAAUAGUUGUAAAAACCCUUUACAACAUGCUGCAACACGAAAGCCCAAUAAUAUGUUUUGCCUUCAAAAAGCAUAAUCUCAUAGAUAUUGUUACACAUUAUUCAAAGUCCACGAAUACUAAUUUGCAAAUAGCCUCUUAUCUAAGCUUAGCGUACAGUUAUAAUGAAGAAGAUCAGCUAAUACCUGGGGAUAACGAAAAUAUAAUUUUUUUGGUAAAUAUGCUCGCUUCUGCUCUUGAUAAACCCUCAACAAGGAUAUAUGGUUACUCAUGUGAAGAAAUCUUAAAAGGUUUGAGACUAUUGGCAUCUAGUGAUCAAAACAGACAGUUCAUAUGCCAGUCGGCUAUAUUGCAAAGCAUCCAGUGCACUAUAAAAACACUGAAAGGAAAAGUAUUAGAAGAAGUUAUACUGUUUCUAUUGAAAUUAACACUCAACUCUGGAAUAAGAGACAGAAUAAGAAGAGACUUUGGGGUCGUAUUGAAGGAUUUAGACAUAUCUUUCAAAGCGGAAGAGUCUGAAACCUCAAACAACAUAAAGAAGGCACUUGAUAGCAUUUUAUGGCAGAUGAGUCAAGAUAAGAAUUCACUAGAUUAUGAAUCCAACUUAAAUUCUUCUACGCAACUUGAACAUUUAAUGAUAAGUUAUAGUCAUAAACAGAAAGAAAUUGCAAUAAAUCUUACAAAACAUUUAAAAGAAAAAGGAUAUAAGGUAUGGUUUGAUCAAGACAAUCUGAAAUAUGCUGCAAAUACAUUUAGAAGUAUGGCUGAAGCCAUAGAAAAAUCUUAUGCUGUAUGUAUUAUAUAUUCCGAAAAUUAUAAAAAUAGCGAAUAUGCUGAAAUGGAAGCAACAUAUGCAGUUUGUUUGAAAAAACCAAUUAUUUGUUUACGUGCACAACGUGACUACAAACCAAAGGGUUGGCUAGGUCUUAUAACUGCUCGAGAAAAUCGUAUUGACAUUUCUGGAAAGUAUCCAUUUGAUGAGUAUUUUUCUACUUUAUGUCGAAGAAUUGAUGAAUGCAUUAAAAUCAAAACGGAUCAUUAUGGUUGAUCACAAAUAUUUCUUGAUUUAAUAUUGGCGUGAUUUUUGAAUAGACGAAAGAAUUUUACGCGCCUGGCAACAAAUAACCUCGAAACAUAACUGACAGUGUGUGUAAUCAAGUUCAAACUUAAAACAAAUGUGAAGAUUGUAUGUUUUUGAUUUGAUUUUUUAAAUGACAUUGUAUACUGCAUACAUUUCAGAUAUCUCUAUGCAAGGAAUUAUGAGAGCGUAUACUUCCAUUUAUUUUAAAUCUUCUUGGUGGAAUGUUCAUGGUUUACUAGAUUUCAUUCUUUAUCUUUUAUUUACUUAUUGAAAUUUCUAUUUUCUUGAUGAUUUCUUUCGAAAAAUUUCAUUACUUUGUUUAAAAAACAAAAUCAGCUUUCUUUAUCUUGGUUCAUCCAAGUAUCAUUGUUAAACACUAGUGGAAAAGGUAUAUGUUACAUUGCAUUUAAUAGUGUUAUGUCUACAAUUAACAUAUUUUGAGAAUGAAGCAUACUUGGAAGAAUUUCGUCAUGAUAAUGUAACUGUUGAAGUGUAACUUUUAUCCCAUAUUCUAAAUAAAACAGUUAUGACUUAUAAAAAUUGAUCCGUUGAAUGUUGUUUAGUCCAAAAUUCUGUAAUGCUUCCAACUAAACAUUAAAUAUUUUGGUGACAAUUCAAAUGUUUUCAUGUUUCAAUAAAAAAAGGAUGAGAAUAUUCUUAGAAUAAGAUAGUUUCAAUGUACGUUGUUACUUUUGACCCAUCUACAAUGUACAAUUUGAUAAGUAUAAUUGAUUGAAGCAACUAAAAAGUUUGGAAUGUUUGAAAAAAAUACUUGAUACCAGGAUAAUGUAAAAUCAUUUAUAAAACGUAUUUGUAGUAAGGCGCCUGUUUGAAUGUUUCAGACGGAUAUUUUUAUAGGUAGUUGAAAUAAUAGUUCUAGAAUAAUAUCACACAGUAUUAACAAAGAUACAUAAGGAAUAUACAAUAAUAAAAAGGAAUUAUCAAUAAUCAUAAAUGAAUCGUUGAAUAACAGAAGUGUAAUAUGUAAGCUUAUGUUUACUGUUGUUCGUUGUAGAACUUUUCAGUCUGUUGUGUAAAGUAACCUUGUAUCUAGUUCAAUUAAUUUAGAUUUAUGUGAAACUACUCAUUUUUUAAUUCAUUUUAAACUAGACUUCCAUCUAUCGCUGUGAACAAACGAAUAUGUAAUGUCACGGAUUGAAAUUAUGAGUCAUUUGAAGUUAGACCACUAUGGAAACCCUGGAAGCACUGGACGGCCGUCUCCUCCUAGUAUGGAACUCCUCAACAGUGCGCAUCCACGACCCACACAACGCGAGUUUUGAAACUAGAUAUCAUCCUCGUUUUUUCUUCUAGAUAAAACAUUGAUGGUUUCUAUGACACUCUUACUAUCCAAUUCUACUGUCUAUAGUGUAUAUUCAAUGUUAGUUUAUGAGGAAACUUAUCAUUAAUUGGAUUUAAUCAAGUUUAUUUUAUAUUGGUAUUAGGUUUUCCCAUUUGUGUUAAAUGAAAUUAACAAAACAUUCUAGAAAAAUCAUUUUCUGACUAUGGACUAUCGUAUUACAUGAUCAAGAAUGUUUUUUAAUGAUUUCUUUCACUUUGUAUAGACAUAUUAGUACUGUUCGAUAGACGUUUAUAGAACUAGGUGAAAUAUUUUAUUUUUAAUAGAAACACAUAGACUGCCUAAUAGACAUACAAACUGUUAUUGAUUAUGCGAAGAUAAACAAUUCCCCAUAAAUUAUUAUGAUCUUACAAGUUGA